CUAAGUGCACUAGCACACCCAACUUCAAGAUUCAUAAGAGUCCUAGAGUUUCUCUCUGUGUGUGUGUGAGAGAGAGAGAGAGAGAGAGAGAGAGAGAGGGAGAGAGGGAAUGGGGAGGAGCCCAUGCUGUGCGAAGGAAGGAAUGAACAGAGGAGCGUGGACGGCGAUGGAGGACAAGAUCCUGACCGAUUACAUCAAAGCGAACGGCGACGGCAAAUGGAGAAACCUUCCCAAGAAAGCAGGUCUGAGGAGAUGCGGGAAGAGUUGCAGGCUGAGGUGGUUGAAUUAUCUGAGGCCCGACAUAAAGAGAGGGAACAUCACUCUUGACGAAGAAGAGCUCAUAAUCCGGCUUCACAAUCUCCUAGGAAACAGAUGGUCGUUGAUCGCGGGGAGGCUUCCGGGACGGACGGACAACGAAAUCAAGAAUUACUGGAACACCACCAUCGGAAGGAAACUCCAAUCCAGCUCGAGCAACUCGGGCUUCGUUUCCAGUCGCCCGUCGUUGUCUUCAUUCCAAGGAAGCCCCAAGUCGGCCCUCGAAAAACUGACCAUUGACGACACUCUCAUGCCCGUUGAGCCGCGCGUAUCUCACGCCAAGGCACCGGCAUGCCCGAAAGCGCUUCUCUCUCCCGCAUCCUGUCAAGAUAGAGAAGCACAAGCACCCGACAUGGUGGACGACAAAGAUCAAAGCUCUGACCGCCAUGAAGAUCAAGUCACGACAGUUCGGGCAUCUGACGGAAAUUCAAAUGUUUCAUGCAAUUUCAUGGCGGAUUUCGAGCUGGACGCCAAUUUCCUGGAAGCUUUCUUGGAGUCUGAACUCGCCACCGAUACUCAGCAGUCGUGUUUCGUUAAUAGCGGAUUAGAUGAUAGUCACAAGAGAGAGUUGCCGCCAUUGAAAUCGUCACGGGACUCUCAAGAAACCUUAGCAUUCAUUGAUCCUGGAGAGACGAUCCUGAGCGAACCAGAUUUGCAAUGCAUGGCAUCUUUACUCGAGGACGAGAUUGAUGGCUUCAACACGACUAGCUAAAGAGCUCUAGGAGUUGACUACGUAAACAUCCUGACCUACUGUGCGAAUAAUGUAUGAUUAGCACUCUUCUUCCA